GGAUGAGCUCGGCCAACACUCUCGGUUCAACCACGAGACCACAAUCUAUACUCUCGAGCUGGCCAAUUUAUCAAAACCAGCGCAAUGGAAAGUGAUAACGCCGACUGGGAGCUGGAGGAGGGUCUUCCUCAGUUCGAAGAACCGUUCAUCCAACAGUACUUGAAGGGUCGUGAUGCGCUUAUCGCUGAGGAACAGAAGAGGCGCCAUGAUGCCACUUAUCGCAAGUCUCUAUCCCCCAUCGCCGCCCGGGCCUGCAAAAUCGUCUCGCAGAUUCGGGCCCGCGAGCAGAGUGAGGUGUGGACAACCGGCUUGGAUCCGACUAUUGCCCACGAGGCUGAUGAGAUCCUCUACCCCGGAGUGAUGUUCCACCAUGCAAAGGGCCGCAUGGAAAAGACCAAUCUGUGGAAGAUUGUUGAGAAGAUGCCCAAGGGAUCGCUCUUACAUGCCCACAUGGAUGCCAUGUUCGAUAUCGACUUCCUGAUCGACCAGGCCUUUUCUACGCCGGGCAUUCAUAUCUUGGCACCAAAUCCCCUUGUCUCGUCUCAGGACUUUGAGAAGGGGCCUGUCUUCUUCCAAUUCUCAACUCAGUCAACGGCAGAGAGCGAGAAGAAGCCGAGUAUUUGGGCGGAAGGUUACGAGGCAUCCUCAUUGAUCCCAAUCAAGACCGCUGCCUCGUCGUUCCCCAAUGGUGGUGAGGCUGGUUUCCGCGAGUGGCUUCGCAGCCGUUGUAUGCUCAUGCCCGAACACUCAUACCACCAUCAUCACGGCGUCGAUGCUAUCUGGGCUAUCUUCACUACAACCUUCCCUGUCAUCAACUCGAUCCUAAUGUACGAGCCAAUUUUCCGAGCGUGUUUCCGCCGCAUGCUGGGUCAACUAGCUGACGAUGGUAUUCGGUAUGUGGAAUUCCGUAUUGCAUUCGUCUUCGCCUGGAGGAAAGAGGGCAAGGAUCAACCGGAAGACAGCUAUGAUGAUUGGUGUCGUACCGUUGAAGAAGAGGUCGAGCAGUUCAAACAGACGGAGCAAGGAAAGUCAUUCUACGAAGCGCGCAUCAUCUGGACCACAAUUCGGCGGUUCGGCAACAAGGAAAUCGUCGACACGAUGAAGGAGUGCAUUGAGACUAAGCACGCUUUUCCCGAUCUCAUCUGUGGCUUUGAUUUGGUCGGACAGGAGGACCUGGGAAGACCCCUCAAGGAUCUUGUACCAGUGUUGUUCUGGUUCCGCAAACGCUGUGCCGAGGAAGGAGUCGACAUUCCGUUCUUCUUCCACGCUGGUGAAUGUCUUGGCGAUGGUGACGAGACAGACCACAAUCUCUUCGACGCCAUUUUGCUGGGAACCCGACGAAUCGGCCACGGCUUCUCGCUCUACAAACACCCGCUCCUGAUCGACUUGGUCAAGGAGAAGAAGAUUAUGGUCGAAUGCUGCCCUAUUUCAAACGAGAUCCUCCGUCUCGCAAGCUCCAUCAAGACCCACCCCUUACCCGCGUUAUUGUCCCGCGGCGUGGCCGUCUCACUGUGCAACGAUGAUCCCGCCAUCCUCGGCCACGGGAAGAACGGGUUGACGCAUGACUUCUGGCAGGUCCUUCAGGGUCUGCAGAACAUCGACUUGGCCGGUCUGGCUAUGAUGGUCCAGAAUUCGAUCCGGUGGAGCUGCUAUGAGGAUCAGUCAUCCGGUGAAUGGAAGCACGAUGUUGAACAGGGUAUCUUGGGUGAAGGAUUGAAGGCGGCUCGUCUGCGAGAAUGGCAUACUGAGUUCGAGAAGUUUUGCGAAUGGGUGGUUUUGGAGUUUGCGGAGUUUGAUGAGGAGGAUUAGAGGUGAAUCGGUGAUCAGCGUGCAAGUGUGGGAUAUCGCGUGGGCGGGACGUAAUAGAAUGUACAGGAUUUGAAAGCCUGGGAAAUAAGCGGUGUAAAUUUCAACAAUCUCUGCAAAAAUAAAAGUCAGUUAGCAAUGACAUGGAGAUACCUCUUCUCAAAA